AUGAUACAGGGCCUGAGGGACGACCUCAUCCUGGGUCUAUCCUGGCUCAUCCAGGAGGAUGCAAUCAUCGAUGUUCGAGAGGAAGCAGUGUACAGGCAGGGCCGCAAUCGCCACGACGCCGGCCCCGGAAGUUCACACAUCCACAACUCCUGGGGGCCAGACGACCACGAAAGACGAGUGGUCACACUCCACCUGCCGAGCCAUUCAGAGUCGGCCCGACGCCACCUCAGGCAUGUCAACAAGGGCGUGCCGCCACCGCACGUCACACACGUCAACAAGAGCGUGCCGCCACCGCACAUCACGCACGUCAACAAGGACGUGCCGCCACCGCACGUCAACAAGAGCGUGCCGCCAUCGCACAUCACGCACAUCAACAAGAGCGUGCCGCCAUCGCACGUCACGCACGUCAACAAGAGCAGCGUGCCGCCACCGCACGUCACGCACGUCAACAAGGGCGUGCCGCCACCACACGUCACGCACAGCAACAAGGUCGUGCCGCCACCGCAUGUCACGCACGGCAACAAGGGCGUGCCACCACCGCACGUCACGCACGUCAACAAGAGCGCCACACCAACUCCGCACGCCACGCGUGCCACUUUGGGCGCGCCGCCUGCUGCUGAAUGCGCCGCGACGCUGCCGCCGCCGCCCACCACGGCCGCCCCCAUGGCAACAGGUGCGGCCCACAAAGGCACCACGACACCGCCGCCGCCGCCCAACUCGGCCGCCCCCAUGGUGACAGGUGCGGCCCACAAAGGCACCACGACGCCGCCGCCCACCUCGGCCACAGGAGCGACCCACGCGCACACUACGACGCCGCCGGACACACCAGGUUAG